GUGGGCAGCAGCCCCCGCGCCCGCCCGCCCGCCCUGCGGUCCGGUCGGUGCGCCGUCCUCUCCCGUCGCCCGCGCGGAACCAGCUCCCUGAGCUGCCCGGGCGGCGGGCGAGCGGCGAGCGGGCUUCGGCGAGCCCGAGGAGGCGCAGGCUGCCGCGGCCCCGCAGGUCAGUGUGGAGGUCUGCGUGACUGUUGUUCCCGGCAUUCUGCGAAGCUAGAAAAGGACGAGGAACCUGUCCAGAAUCCCUGCAGGAAAAGAAGGGAAAAUCUCAACAUGGAAAAACUCUGCAAUGAAAAUGAAGGAAUGCCUGAGAACCAAGAAAAGAUGGAAAUCAAAGAACAGCCACAGGAUGCAGGAAAACCAGAAGUAGCUUGUACUCUAGAAGACAAUGAAAAGUUGAAAAGCGAGGGAAAGACAGAAGCUGAGGAAAUGCUAAUGGAUAAGGAAAAGUCAGAAAGUGCAGCAAAGCCAAAAGAAGAAGGAAAGCCAGAGAGUGAGGGAGGGCCAGAGAGCCAGGGAAAGCCAGUGAUCCCGGGAAAGUCAGUGAGCCAGGGAGAGCCAGUGAUCCACGGAGAGCCACAGAGCCAGGGAGAGCCAGUGAUCCAUGGAGAGCUAGUGAGCCAGGGAGAGCCAGUGAGCCCAGGAAAGUCAGUGAGCCAGGGAGAGCCAGUUGGCCAGGGAGAGCCAGUGAUCCGUGGAAAGCCGGAGAGCCAGGGAGAGCCAGUGAUCCAUGGAGAGCCAGAGAGCCAUGGAGAGCUGAUGAUCCAGAGAGAGCCAGUGAGCCAGGGAGAGCCAGGGAUCCAGGGAGAGCCAGUGAUUCAGGGAGAGCUAGAGAGGCAGGAAGAGCCAGUGAUCCAGAGAGAGCCAGUGAUCCAGAGAGAGCCGGUGAUCCAGAGAGAGCCGGUGAUCCAGAGAGAGACGGUGAUCCAGAGAGAGCCAGUGAUCCAGAGAAAGUCAGUGAUCCAGAGAAAGUCGGUGAUCCAGGGAAUGCCAUUGAUCCAGGGAAUGCUGGUGAUCCAGGGAAUGCCAGUGAUCCAGGGAAUGCCAGUGAUCCAGGGAAUUCUAGUGAGUGAGGGACAGCCAAAAGAAGAAGGAAAACCAGUGAUUGAGGGAAAGCCAGAGAUAGAGGGAGAGCCAGUGAGUGAAGGAAAGUUAGAGAGUGAGGAAAAUCCUAAAGAAGAAGGACAACCAGACAGGGAGGAAAAGCCAAAAGAAGAGGGGCAGCCGGCCAGUGAAACAAGGGCUGCUGGAAAGCGCCCAGCUGGGGAUGAUGUACCCAGGAAAGCCAAAAGAAAAACCAACAAGGGGCUGGCUCAGUGCCUCAAGGAAUAUAAGGAGGCCAUACAUGAUAUGCAUUUGAGCAAUGAGGAGAUGAUAAAAGAGUUUGAUGAGAUGGCUAGGGUGGAGGACGAGGUGAAGAAAACCAGGCAGAAAUUGGGGGGUUUUAUGUGGAUGCAGAAAAGUUUACAGGACCCCUUCCACCCAAGGGGCCCCAGGGAACUCAGGGGUGGCUGCAGGGCCCCACAAAGGGGCUUUGAAGACAUUCCCUUUGUGUAGUGCCCCUAACAGGCAUUUGCCAGGCCCUGUGCUUUAUCCUUAUGCUAAUACUUCGCUUUAGGUGUCAUUCUUGUUAUCAGUAGCCUUUUGACCCAACUAAAGCGCUCUAUCAGUUGGGGAUUUUCACCCAUGUGCAUUGCAAAGACCUUAUGAUUCUUGGAAAAAUAAAGCAGCGUAUACUAUCA